CUCCUAACACCAACACCAGGCAUUCCGCCCCGAUCAGGGUUGAGCGUUCCCAGAGCCCAAGCCUCUGUUUGUCUCGUGGAGAUCCAUCCAAACCCUCUCGUUUCUUUAUGAUAGAUGAAAGAGGCUGGAACAAACAUCAGCUUUGCAGCUGUUCAUAGGGCUGUAAAGGAGUUGGAGGAAUCAGUAUGGAAUUGUGUUUUUUUUGGUAGAGGGGAUUCUCACAUACAUAAUGGAGCUCCACUCCAAAGAGAUAACAAUGAUGAAUGAUUGGGCAAAUUUUCGAUUAUGAUGCCAAUGGAGCCUUUUGGAGGAUAUGAGCAAUGGAGCUUGGGGAGCACCAUUUGGAUCAAGAAAUGUUCUCUUGGUUUGCUACAUGGUUUUGAUUUGGAUACACAAAUUGCCGUACCAAACAUGAGUGGUCGAUUGAGUCAUACCAUUUAUGUUGGUAAUCUUCCCCUUGAUGUACGAGAAUCAGAAGUUGAAGAUUUAUUUCACAAGUAUGGUCGCAUAGUGGAAGUUGAAUUGAAAAAUCCACCUCGGCCGCCAGGGUAUUGUUUUGUGGAGUUUGAAAGUUCUAGAGAUGCUGAGAAUGCAAUCAGGGGCCGUGAUGGCUACGUUUUUGAUGGUCAUCGGUUGAGGGUUGAGCUUGCCCAUGGUGGUAGACGACCCUCAUCUACAACAGGUAGAGCCAGUGCUCAUGGAAGUGGUGGUAGCAGUAAAUUUGGAAUUUCACACCGAUCUGAAUUUCGAGUGAUUGUUCAUGGAUUGCCUUCCUCGGCUUCAUGGCAGGAUUUGAAGGAUCAUAUGAGGAAGGCUGGGGAUGUAUGCUUUGCUCAAGUUUUUCGAGAACGUGAUGGAACCAUUGGUUUGGUUGACUACACUAAUUAUGAUGACAUGAAAUACGCUAUUCGGAAGCUUGAUGACACUGAAUUCAAGAAUCCAUGGGCAAGGUCUUUUAUUCGUGUGAAAAUCUAUAAAGGAAAUACGUCAAGGAGUCGAAGUCCAAGUAAGAGUCGCAGUAGAAGCAGAAGCCCCAGAAGGAAUCGAAGCAUCUCAAUUGAAAGACCUCUCUCUAGAUCGAGAUCCGUCUCUUCUAGAUCUAGAUCUAGAUCUGCGUCUCCGGCUAAAAAACCUAGGUCACCAUCUAGGUCAAGAUCAGCUUAGUCGCUUCAGGUUUCUGGCGUGGGAGGUACUCAUCUCAAGCUUACCAGUUGCAAACUGCUGUUUUGAAAACUGUUAGUGCUAUAAAAUUUGAGCAUCUUGGAUUGUUAAAUGAAUGGCUCCUGUUUUGAAAGUGUUUGACAAACAAAGCUCAAUUGUGAAAUUCUUAAUUACAAAGCUAUGUCCAGCUAUUUGUAAAACUUAGUAAAACUUAGUUACAGCUUUCUACUCUUUAUAUGUUGCUCAGUAGAUGGGUGGACAACCGAACAUGCUUCUUUUUCUAGUGUUUGUGAAUUUUGCUAAUAGAAACCACAGGGUGAAAGCUGUAAUUGAUGAUGAUGUCUGAAAGUUCAUAAGCAUUAGUACCUUACGCA